AUGAACACCACCACGACGAUAUGCAGGCACUGCCUAGCAGUCUCGCAGCACCAGACGCCACGAGCAUUCCAAGCGGGCCGCCUCGCCAAACCCUCGCGAUCGACCCGUACAUUCUUUGACAGCGGCCCAAGCCGCACCUCUCCCGCGUCGUCUACUACCAACAGCGUCGCCGACGACGAACCCAAUGCCAACGUCACCACCACCAGCACCACCACUCUCGCAGCCCUCUUCGCGAAACCUAGCUGGUCUGUCCGUUCACUGCUCCCGCCGUGGUCAAACUCGAACACUACCUCUUCAACCUCUCCCACAUCCACAACCACAACCACCACUCCCAACUCUCCCACAUCCACAACAACACCAACAUCCACAACACCACCCCCCAACCCAACAACCCCAAAAACCCUCCACCACCUCCUCCGCCUCUCCGCCCUCCCCUCGCCCCCCAGCGGCUCCCCCGCCGAGGCGCAGAUGCAGUCCAACCUAGACGCGCAGCUGCACUUCGUGCGGGCGAUGCAGCGCGUCAACACACAAAACAUACGCCCGCUGCGCGCGAUCCGGGACGAGACGGCGGCGGGGGUGCGCGCCACGGCCGUGGGGCUGGCGCAAUUACAAGAGGCGCUCGCGCGCGAGGACGUCGUGGGGCAUGCGCGAAGGCCGCGGAGACGGCGGAGGCAGCAGCAAGAAGUUAAUGGUAGUAGUGGUGGCGGAAGAGGAGGGGGGAAGGGCCAUGUAGUAGAUGGUCAGGGGAUGGCGGGUGAAAAAGGGGGAGAUAGGAGUAUAAUAAAUGAGGAUGAGAAUUGGGAUGUCCUGGGCGGUGCGAGCGAGACUGCGGGUCGGUACUUCGUAGUGAGGAGCGGUGGGCAGACCGAGCGAACGGUGCCGGCCGAGUCAUAA